UGUACACACGGCGGCGACAGGAGCUCCUGGAUCGGCAGGGACGGCCGCUGUCCACCGCUAUCCUCCGUGUCUGUGUGUGCGAGGAGAAAGGGACGCUGACGGAGAGCAGAGGAAAAACAUCUGCGGAUUCACCUCCUCACAGGAAACGUCCCGCUGGAAACCUCCGAUGGAUUAAUCUGAUUUGUCUGCGACAGUAGAGGAUGGGCUGUGUCCAAUGUAAGGAUAAGGAAGCAGCAAAACUCACUGAUGACCGGGAGACCAGCCUUUCGCACAACUCAGGCUUCCGCUAUGGGUCCGACCCCACGCCACAGCACUACCCCAGCUUCGGGAUCACCACCAUUCCCAACUACAACAACUUCCACGGCGCCGCCACGCAGGGAGUGACUGUGUUCGGAGGCGUCCACACGUCCUCGCAGUCCGGCACGCUUCGGUCGGGAGGAACAGGGGUGACUCUGUUUGUGGCUCUAUACGACUAUGAGGCCAGGACGGAGGAUGACCUCAGCUUCAGAAAGGGAGAGAGGUUUCAGAUCCUCAACAGCACUGAGGGAGACUGGUGGGAGGCUCGUUCCCUCACUACAGGUGGAACUGGAUACAUUCCCAGCAACUACGUAGCUCCUGUGGACUCGAUCCAAGCCGAAGACUGGUACUUUGGUAAAUUAGGUCGAAAGGAUGCAGAGAGGCAACUGCUCUCCAACGGCAACGCCAGAGGCACUUUCCUCAUCCGGGAGAGUGAAACAACCAAAGGGGCCUACUCUCUCUCCAUCCAGGACUGGGAUGACAUCAAGGGAGAUCACGUCAAGCAUUAUAAGAUCCGCAAACUGGACAGUGGCGGCUACUACAUCACCACCAGAGCCCAGUUUGAGACGCUCCAGCAGCUGGUUCAGCACUACUCUGCCAGGGCCGCAGGGCUGUGCUGCCGGCUGAUCGUGCCAUGCCACAAAGGCAUGCCUCGUCUGACUGACCUGUCUGUGAAAACCAAAGACGUGUGGGAGAUCCCGCGGGAGUCGCUGCAGCUCAUUAAACGCCUCGGCAACGGCCAGUUCGGAGAAGUCUGGAUGGGUACGUGGAACGGCACCACCAAGGUGGCGGUGAAGACGCUGAAGCCCGGCACCAUGUCGCCCGAGUCCUUCCUGGAAGAAGCUCAGAUCAUGAAGAAGCUCCGACACGAUAAGCUGGUGCAGCUUUACGCGGUGGUGUCAGAGGAACCCAUCUACAUCGUCACUGAGUACAUGAGCAAAGGGAGUUUGCUUGAUUUUCUCAAGGACGGAGAAGGCAGAGGCCUCAAACUGCCGAAUCUGGUGGACAUGGCAGCUCAGGUGGCAGCAGGGAUGGCGUAUAUCGAGAGGAUGAACUACAUCCACAGGGACCUGCGUUCUGCCAACAUCCUCGUCGGUGACAGCCUCGUGUGCAAGAUUGCUGACUUCGGUCUGGCCAGGCUCAUUGAGGACAAUGAAUACACAGCCAGACAAGGUGCAAAGUUCCCCAUAAAGUGGACGGCUCCCGAGGCUGCGCUCUACGGGAAAUUCACCAUCAAGUCAGACGUGUGGUCGUUCGGCAUCCUGCUGACAGAGCUGGUGACCAAGGGCAGAGUGCCCUAUCCAGGCAUGAACAACCGCGAGGUGCUGGAGCAGGUGGAGCGAGGCUACCGGAUGCCGUGUCCACAGGACUGCCCCACGUCCCUGCACGAGCUGAUGGUGCAGUGCUGGAAGAAGGACCCGGAGGAGAGGCCUACGUUCGAGUACCUGCAAGCCUUUUUGGAGGACUACUUCACUGCCACUGAGCCUCAAUACCAGCCCGGGGAUAACCUCUGAGCGACCGCCGCCCCUCAUCUCAUGUAAUUCCACUGGCUUCCCACCAGAGGAGGCCAGACGCCACACAUUCUCUCUCUCUCUCUCUCUCUCUCUCUCUCUCUCUCUCUCGCUCUCAUCCCGUGGCUCUGAUCUCAAAAGCUCAUCGACUUUGACUUCUUGACUUCCAGGCUUCACACGAAACAGGGACGGAGCAGCAAACUGGCUAUCAAAUCAGAGGAUGUUUGGAAGGUGGGAGGGGACGCGGAGAUAAAAAAAAUGUAGAAAAUGACUGCCAUGGGUGAACGACAUGAGUUGUGUAACUAGUGUAAAUAUAAAUUGCUUGUUUACUUCUCUCUUUUUUUUGGUUCAUUUUAUAUUGCUUUUGAUAAUUUGGAAAACGUGUGGACUCUUUUUUUUUUUUUUUUUUUUUUUUUUAAAAUCCGAGGUUACAGUGGUUUCAGAUUUAGAGAAAGGCUCACAGUUGGUUCCAGAUCUCGACAUUAUAACCGUUGGAAUGAUAAAAAUCGUGGACUUGAAGUAUCUCUGAAAUUUUUUUCCGGGAGUCCGCUGACCUUUUUUACAAGGUUAAUAUACUUCUCUCCUCCUCUUCUCAAGGAAACUUAGAUGUACUAUAACACCUGUUCUUGCCUUUUCAUGUUUAGUAAUAUUCUUAUAUUGUAAGGGAAUGCCUUCAUGCUUUAUACACACUAACUUAAUGCAUCAUGGACUCUUCCGCCCCAAACCCCAGCUGUAUGGCAUAUAAGUGCAUUCAUUGCAUUUCAGCUUCCGCCAAUGAUUUUUAGAUCGGCUUAACGUAACUUUUAGUUCAGCUUUGUGCAGCUGAGAGGAGGGUUGACGUCCUCUCCGGCUGCAGCCAUUGUUCAGCUGACUGCUUAGUAUAAUGAUAAUAUUUUAAACUGUAUGUUGCAUUAAUGUAUGGCAGCAGGCUGUGUAAGAAUUCUACAUUGUCUUUUUGCUUCCGCGGCCAAACAAACAAACAAACUGCCGUGUCAUGAUGAGAAUGAAGGAUGUGUACCAGUGUUUGUCCAUCCAUAAUGUGUAUUUGGAAAUAGCAUACCGAGACCAAAUAUCUUUUUAUUUCAUUUUGCUUUUUCCUCAACGUUUCGGCCAGUCUUUUGUGUUGUUGCAUAAUUGAGUGAUUUUUACCACAACAUUAUCCUUUCGUACCUUUUCUCUUUCUGGGUGCACACAUCAUCCCUGUGUGUAUUUAUGUUGCUUUCUAUGGGUAGAAAAGUGAUGCAAAAACGUAUUUUUGCAUCACUUUUUGUACCCUAAUUUAGUAGAUUUACAGAAAGUUUUCGGUCUCUUGCAUUAUUUAUUGUCUCUGUCUGUUACUCGUACACGACUGGUUUUGAAAUAAACAAUCUUGCCAUUA